AGAUUGCAGCUUAGAGACUGUUCAGACAAGUAGCAGGGACAGUUUGUGCACAAAAUUCUCGUAAUUGGAGGUGCCAGCUGAAGCACAGAGAGGAAGAAAAAGCCUUGGAGACCAGAACUACUUGAGAAGACUGGAUAACAGUGAUGAGGGGCCGAAUGUCUCAGUUGUUAGAUGUGGACACCAGACACUUUUUUCAAGGUGUCAGGAUGACCUGAGCAAGACUGUGGGUACAACCAGUGCUGACUGAUUUGGCUGGGCACUGCUGCAGCAGGGAGAUGUCAGCCCAGCCUUGCCAGCUGAGGGACAGGGCACAGUGCAAGGGGUACAGAGCCAAAAAGUGGUGCUGCCAGGGCCAGCUCUUAGCUGGUACCCCUGAGUGCUGCUCUGUAGGGCUGCUGCCAGCUCAGACCAGAAUCAGCCUGAGGAUCACCGCACCACAGAUUUUGGACAGCGAAGACCUGACUAGUUGUCCUGUUGGUUUUCAAAAGGAAAAUACAAAUUACCAGCUUUUCAGACCUGUUCUCUAAUAUUGGAGCUUCUCCCCUGCAGAUUGACAGUCCCACCAGCAAAGAGGGACAGAGUGCUCUCUUACACAGACUUUGGGAAUGGACUGCUUUUCAGAUGGCCACUACUAUCUGCUCCAGGGGAGUGAAACACCCACAAGACCCCUCUGCAAAUGGAUCUGCCUGCCCCAAGACCCUUCACAAAAUGCUUCCAAAGCAAAGAGGUCAUCCUGAUCAUCAAAAAGACAUGGAUUUCUUUUGGGAUGGGAGAAGAUAUGGCUGUUUGUUGCUGUGAUAUAUUUAUUUCAGGGAGUUGCUUAUUCAGAAGAACUGAGAAGAAUGAAGAGAGCUGUGGAUCCUGAAGCUUUUAUGAGUAUUAAUGAGCUCAUUACUUACAAAGGGUACCCCAGUGAGGAGUAUGAAGUGAUGACAGAAGAUGGCUAUACCAUUACCAUUAACAGAAUCCCUUAUGGUACUCAGAAUCAAGGAAGCCCAGCUUCAAGACCUGCUGUGUUUCUCCAGCAUGGAUUACUGGGAGAUGCUCGUAAUUGGGUCACAAACCUGCCCAACAACAGCUUGGGCUUCCUGCUAGCUGAUGCUGGAUUUGAUGUUUGGAUGGGAAAUAGCAGAGGGAAUCGCUGGUCAAGAAAACAUCAGAAGUAUUCCAUUGAUCAAGAUGAAUUCUGGGCUUUCAGUUUUGAUGAGAUGGCAAAGUUUGAUCUUCCAGCAGCAAUAAAUUUCAUUUUGGAGAAAACAGGACAGGAGAAGUUGUACUAUAUUGGCUAUUCACAAGGUACUACCAUUGCUUUCAUUGCAUUUUCAACAAUGCCAGAACUGGCUCAAAAAAUCAAAUUCUACUUUGCAUUGGCACCUGUCACUGCUAUUAAGUAUGCUAAAGGCCCAGCAACAAAACUCCUCUACCUUCCUGAGAAAAUGCUCAGGGGUAUGCUUGGCAACAGAGAAUUCCUUCCCCAGACGGAGUGUCUCACAAGGAUAAUGGCCCCUGUCUGCAGCCACCGAGCUUUUGCCAGGCUUUGUAGAAGUGUCUUCUUCAAUCUGGGUGGCUGUAACCUGAAAAACAUUGAUGUGAACCGAAUCAACGUGUAUAUUGCCCAAACCUCUGCUGGAACUUCUGUGCAGAACAUAGUCCACUGGAGUCAGGAGGCCCGCUCAGGGAAGUUCCAAGCUUAUGACUGGGGCAGUUCAAAGAAGAACAUGGAAAAAUACCAACAGACUACCCCUCCUCUCUACAACGUAGAAGAGAUGACUGUACCAACAGCAGCAUGGACUGGGGGACGAGACCUGCUCGCAGAUCCCAAGGAUGCAGCCAUUUUACUGUCUAAAAUCAAGAACCUUAGCUAUCACAAGAAGAUUCCUGAAUGGGGACACCUCGAUUUCAUCUGGGGAUUGGAUGCACCUUUACAUGUGUACAAUGAAAUUAUUGACCUGAUGCAGAAAUAUCCUUAACCCAUAACCAGAAGCCUUACCUGACUCAUUCAAUAGCCCUUAGAUUCACUAGGUGCAAAAACCCCCUUUUGUUGCAUCUGGAGUCAGGGAAAGGGUUCCUCCUGCACACUACAUGUCACUCCAAUGCCUUUUGUGUCCUGAUAGUGCACUUCAUGUUUUCUGGCAACCUUGUGGAUCUGUAACACUUUUUCAAUUGAUACAUCUUCAAUUCUGCAAUAACUAUACUUUGCUAAUAGAAGACAGGGUUUGCUUCCAGCCUACACUCCUCUCUAGACUGUAACAGUAAUGAAAGCACUUCCUUUCUCUGGAUACAUUCUGUGAUUUCUAGAUGUUUUCCAUUCUUUAUAGUAUUGCUCAGUUUAUUGGGCUGGCAGUUAUUUAAAGGCAUAGUGUAAUCAAAAUCUUAUUCUAAGAGUUGUGGUAUCGUAUAAUUUUAUUAUUAAGCAAGAUUAUUAAAGAAAAAAGUAAGUUCAUACAAAAAAAAAUCACCUCACUCCUGGAAAGAAGAUGGUUUGUCUUUGUUUGAAACAGGAAUGCUCCCUGUUUUCAUGAGGAAGAGCAAGGGACACAAACAAACAGAAAACAGUGGCCAGUAUCAUGGUUCGAGCAUGCACCUGGAAGCCGGGAAACUUGGCUUCAAGACCCACCCUGAAAAAGAGAAAUCCUUGCUGAUUCAAUCUUAAUCAUUUUGGCAAUGGUAGCACUUCCAUGGGACCAUUUAUUUCAAAGUUACACCAGCAGAAACCUCACACCUCCUGCUGUUUCACAUAUAAGCUACUGGCUAUCAUAGAGCUAAGAUGAUCUAACCUUUGUCAAGGCUCUGAGCAGCCUCUUUGGAGUUUAAACACUAAAAUGAAAAGUACCUAAACAUUGUUAGAAAGAAUUCAUUAUCUUCAUCCCAUGUAAAUUUAGAGCACUUUGACCACUACUGUAAAGAGCUGCUUUCAAGACAGUGCUAAAGAAUUAUUCAUCCUAUUAAUUCCUGCGGUAAUUAUGACUCUACCAAUUUUGUUUCAAAUAGGUAGUUGCUGCACAAAACCACUCAGCUGAAGGGUAACCUCUGUGGUUAUUAGGUUACAGCAUUAUAGGUCACCAUUCCUCCAAAACAAAGUUCCAUUAGCUCCACUGUGGAAAGGAGCACUGUGCAUUUAGGGGUUUCCUUUCAGCCUGACACCCUCAUUCUCCUUUUCAAUGAAAUGUUAACAUGGGCCAAGUCUGGGAUCCUAGCCAGCACAGUGCAGCUGUUGCACUGGGACAGUUCACUGGUCACACUGUAAGACCAAAGGACCAAUGUCUCACUCUGAGUGAUGGUUCAUUAGCCAAAUAAAUUAGCCAUGGCUGUUACCGCUUCUGCACCUUUCCCUUCCAAGAGAAACAACAAGCCUUUCUCAUCUCCUGAGCCACUGCUGAAGGCUGUCCUUUUUCCUUCUGUUUCACAAAUGUAACAAGAGUUUGAUCCAAACAAAACAGUGCCCAUCCAGAAAAGGACAUUCCUUCCAUCAGAUACAAAUUCCUGGAGACAAAUGCCCUUCAGAGAGUCAAUCUUUCAACUAACUCACUGCUUGCAGGGAAAAUGUAUGAGGACAUGAGACCUGCUUUAUAAGUUUUCAAUCCUUUCCAUGCUAAAGGCAACAGCAUCGUACCUGAGAAUAGGCAGAGCAUUCCAUAAAGGCACCUAGGAAGGAGUUUGCAAUUGUACAGCUAUCAUGACACCUGGGACACCAUAGAGGAAGCAGAGAACUGAAUUUUCUGGAAAAUCAAGAAAAGUGGGUUGAGCAAACAGCAUUAGACACAUCACGGGGACUGUUGAUCCCACCUUGGGACAGGAGAAGGGAUGAGACAUCAUGCUGCAGAAGUCCUUCUGAGUGAUCAAUUUAUGGUUUGAUGAUAGCUAUUGUCACUUGUAGACAUCAGAGAAGUCAAGUUAUAGUGCUUUUCACUGAGAAAUUAUCAAACUACCUUUCCCACUAUCCCAAACAAUGUUCUUUACUUUGUAUGUAAAGCAGGACUGUCACCAACAUCCUGUUGUUUCACUUCUUUCCUUCCCCCAGUAGUUGAAGGCAUCAUACUGUGCAAUGGUGCUCCCAAGAGCACAUCCCUCUUGUCUGGUGCUCCUCUGAAUGCUCAUCAGUCCAUGAUGAAACUCAAGUUCUUCUGAAGACACUUGUGAGUUAAUUGGGAGAACAGGUUGAUCCUCAUGUAGGAGGAUUGUACUUAGUUUAUAGCCCAGCUGCCCAAGGACAUGGAACAAGUCCUUCUGCCCAUGGUCAUCGAGCCAAUCUCAGUGAGGACUGAGCCCUCAGGCUGACUACAGCUAACUGAGCCGUUAAGCAAAGAUCUCCAGAUACCGUGUUUUCAGAGGUGAUGAAAAUAGCUUAGGAUAAACAAGAACCCUUGUUUGUUCCCUCACUGGGAAAAAGGUUACAUGUGUUCAAGCUUUCUUUUGCACUGGAGUGUGAUUAAUGCAGAAUAAGGUGGGUUUCGUUAGUUGUGCUGCUCACUGGAAAACAAAUUAGGUCAGUCUGCAAUGUUAAAGUUAGCACAAAACAAAUGAAAAGCAGUAGCAGAGACAGUGUUCUUGAGACACUAUGUUGGGAAAGCUGAACACUUCCUCCUUUUCAUCUUAAAAGAUUACAUCUGAAGCAUCCCCUCAGUUGGGCAACAGUACAGAUUAAGGUCUGCCACAGCCCAAGUGAACUGCAGCACCCAGGUCCCAGCUAAACAUUCUAACCACUGAUUUAUAGGUAGUCUCUACACUCUCCUGCUCCAUGGUGUAUUUUGGGGUGGUGAGUUAAACCAGAUCAUCUUCUUCAUCACAAAGAUUUCCCCACUUCUUAAAUGCUGCCAAAUCAGCGCUUAAAUACGCUCUGCAAUACGUGCUGCCAACUCAUGACACUCACAGCUGCUUCCCUGAAGAGCUCAUUUUGUUUUGACUUCCUUUUAUCGGAGCAGGUUUCUGCCAGUGAAUCAGUCUGCUGGUGGAGACAGAGCAGUGACCGUGGCAGAAGACAGAAGCAGGGCAGUCAAAGCAGAGAGUUUAAGGGAGCAGUGGCCUGACAAGGUUGAUGCUACUUGGCCCCCUGCAUCUGAGUAAAAGAUGAAUACCUGGAAGUCCAUAAGCCAUGCCAGCUAAGUCAGGUGCUCAGAGGGUGCAUUGAGGAAAGUUUACCUUAACAAGAGGAAUAAUUAGCCUCUGCAUUGCCUCAACUAAUUUUGGUAGAGAUGUGAAAACAAACUGAGAUGCUAGCAGAACUUUUUCUUGCCAAAUUGAGAUUCCCAGUGCAGGGAGAGGCAGGCAUAUUUUGCUCCCACUAGAAUAGAGUAAAACAACAGAGAGCAAAACAGAGUGUUGCACUGCCUGAGUAUGUAGUUGUGAGGCUUCCUGUUUUGACAAAAAAAGUUAAGAAGUAUUUGAUAUACAGAGGGAAUUUAAUGAAGUGUGUUUUCAUGCCAAAUUUAAAGUUCUGUGUGUUUCCAAAUGAUACCUCAUUUCAACUGUUUGAUGACUCAUGAGGUUUGACUUCUUUAAAUUUGUUCAGUCAAAUUUAAAGGCCAAAUUGAAGAUCACUAAAAGUCAAAACAUAUUUUCCUUGUUUAUCUCUCUCUCAUCCAGCAAAUUCUGUUCUUCUUCCUCAUUACUUGAUGGGGAAUACUUCCUUAUUUUCUCUUGAUCUUGAUAUUGAACAUUCCUGAGUACAAAUAAAUUUCACAGAGCACCAUAUCUCGUCAUAACAGAUGUCUUAUGCUAGAAGCAGACUCAAGAAACAUGUGGCUACAUGAGAACCUCUGUUCAUCAUUAAAAAUUGCAUUCUCCAUCUCUAAUGCCUGGUUCCAAAAAAGACUUGUCUCCUGAGCCUGCUUAACUUCCUAACAAAAACUGUAAGACAGGAAAUUCACUCACAAAACAUGUAUGGUAUUGCUACUGUGAAGUUACAUGGACUCUGAAAUGCUGACAAUCUCACUCUUGCUGACUGCUGCUGAACAUAACACCAGGUUAUGUUCAGCAGCAGCCAGCCUUUGCCUGCCUUCUCCCCAGCAAGGCUGAACCCUCUGGAGUUCCUGUCCUUUCCAGACAAACUGUCCUCAGGAACUGCUGCAACCCCAGUCUCAGAGCUGGACUUGGCAGAUAUUCAACAAUUGCAUCAAAAGUCCAUUAAAGGAUGGACAGGAUGGUGAAUACAAACACACCAUGGUCAUGAAAAUGUGUCCUCUUCUUCUGAGGAAGCCCAGCCCGCAAGAGCAGUGGUGUCCCCAGCCACUCCUGGUGAGGCAUUCUUACAAGUGCUGCAAUGAGCUGAAACCUUACACUGCAUUAAGUCCCAUGGAUUGUACUAUUGAAUAUUUAGGUCUCCUGCCUGAUCUUUAUGGCUUUUAUACACAUGCAGAAUGACUACUACUCUUCCCUUCACAGGUAUCAUUCUCUCCUCACACAUUAAAGCACACCAUAAAACAAAAAUCUGAUGUAUGAUGUGUGAUGUGUCAGGCUUUUCCUGAAUAUAUAAGUUCAGUACUGAGCUUCCUGGACCAAUCUUUUUUUGUGCAAAAAAGUCUGGGAAGCUCAGAGAGAGCAGUGUUCCUGCACUCAUUGGUCUGGAUUCUAGAAAAUAAAGACUAAAU